UUAAUCGUACGCAGGGUUUCAGGUCAUAUCCUUUCUCAGGUUGUAUUGUUCAGUCAUGCAGCAUAGAUGACCUGUUCAAUCGAGCACUCUGGUUAAAAGCAAGGAGACAUUGGUGUCUUUUGAAAAUUAUCAGCAUAUAGUGACAUAUCAUUCCCCGUAUCAGGAAUGGAUCUGAAUAAGAUCCUUGAGAUAAUCAAAGAGGAAAAUCUUUUGGCAAUUCGCUUCGAGCAGACUGACACCAAUGGAAUUGCAAGGUCCAAGCUUGUUCUGGCUAGACAUUUUAAGGAGAAGGCUACUAAGGGGCUUAACUUUGCUCUGUGCCACCUAGCGUUUGAUGUUCAGCUAAAUGUACUUGCACUGAAUACUGGUUAUGCAGAGGAAAUAGGUUUUGCUGAUGCUGUCAUGUUUCCUAUCUUUGAAUCCUUUCAAAUUCUUCCGUGGUUGAAACGCACAGGUCGAAUCCUGAUCGAGCCAACUUGGAAAGGUUCCGAAGUAGAGGGUCAUCCAAGAGUUGUAGCUCGCAGACAGUUGGAGAAACUGAGGCAACUCGGUAUAUCUCUCUACUCAGCUCAUGAACAUGAAUUCUACGUGGUAGAUAAAGAAACAAAAAAGCCACUCAACGAAGAUAAAAACGCACAUUCUGCGAUUCGAGAUACACCAUACUAUAAUCUUCUAAACAAGUUCAUGGAAUAUCUUCCUAAGGUUGGUGUAGAUGUUGAGCAUGUCGAGAAUGAGUACGGGCCUGGUCAACUCGAAAUCUCUUACAAACCCUCUUUUGGAAUAAGUGCUGCUGAUAAUGCCCACACCUACAAGACAUCUAUCAAAGAAAUUGCCAUUCUAAAUGGAUAUAUGGCAUCUUUCAUGUCUAAGCCAUAUCCUAACAAAUCUGGUUCAUCCAGUCAUUUUAAUCAUUCUCUUUGGGAUAUCAAUGAGAAAGUUCCACUCCUUUACGAUGCAAACGAUCCAUUGUCUCUUUCUGAAACAGCCCAACACUGGAUCGCUGGCAUCUUAGCUCAUGCUCCUGCCAUCGAAGUUCUUAUGGCUCCAACCGCCAAUUGUCUCACCAGGGUCACCCCACACACAUUUUCCCCAAUCAACGCUACCUGGGGCUUCGACAACCGUACGUGUGAUAUCCGUGUAAAAAUCAACGGUCCAGAAGGAACGUACAUUGAACAUCGCGCUGGAGCCGCUGGAUGCAACCCAUACCUAUCUCUGGCUGCAACAGUUGCAGCUGGGAUUGAUGGCAUUGUCAACAAUCUCAAAUUGCCACCACAGGUCACUGGUGAUGCCUGUGAAGAAGCCGAAAUUCCUCCAAAAACAGCCAACCUCCCAACAAACAUGGAGGACGCCCUCACUGCUUUGACCAACGAUGAAACAAUCUGUGAUGCUCUUGGUAAAGAUUUCAUCAAAUGCUUCACAGCGGUGAAAAUGUGCGAAGCUAAGCAGGCGAGGGAAGCUGAAGCUAGAGGCGACACUGACUGGGCCUUCAAUUUCUAUUUUGAAUAUCUGUAGGUUACCUAUUAAUCAGAAGGCUAAAGCUAGCUACCGAAAAAGAUUUGACCUUCAGCUCCUUUAUGAUAAUAAUGUAGCAGAGUCAUCGUUAGGAAAUAUAUAGGGGGGGGGGUAGAUUUUCCGACAAACUUCUUGACGGUGCUGACAAUCAUGACAUUGCUCAUUCUCACCCCUCGCAUGCACCUUUAAGAAAUUAAGUUCAGAUAUCAAUAUGUAAUUGGAUCGUUUUUGUUCUGUGUCACUCUCUUUUCUGAUUUUGUGUGUGUAUGUUUAACGAACAAGCUGUAGAACCGAGCGAGCCCAAAUUUCCAACAUAAUACAUAUUUAUAGUGAUUGGUGAGGUUAAUGUCACGUAAUUGACUUCUUUAUGAAUUGUAUACAGUCUGAAAAACGCAUUCUCAUGUAGAUUUAUUGAAGUGAGCAAUGCGAAUAGGAAGUAUUAUAUUAGUCAAAUGCGGCAAAAUCUGAUACUCAAAAUGAUUUUAUCAGAUACCCUCGUUUAUUUGAAAAUCUUAUGACAUCUUGCUUGUUACAUCUUUAUUUUUCCUGAUUUUACAAGUAAGUGUGUCAUUCUAGGAAAAAAAAUAUGUAGGGCCUUAAUCGGGGGGGGGGGGGCACUUCCAUUGACGAGUGGAUAUCACGCGCGACCAAAGAAACACACAAAAUUAAAGAGUGGGCACGUUAGGUACGUAACGGGUUUAUAUUCAUAUGUGUUUACGGUCCAAUUUGCGAGGGUAUAAAAGCACUGAAAUGGUAUAGAAAGGAUGUACUUUUUGCUCUAAAACUGCGACGCAACGUACGUGAUUUUAUUUGUUUUACCUGUAAGUAACUAAGUCGUGAAAUCUCUUGAAGUGAUUAUAACUUGACAUUUCAUCCCAUCUUCAUGCAAUCAAAUUAAUUGCAAACUUACUCAUCACUCCAUAAUUGUUCGUUUAUUUGCAUCUCUGCACAAAUGUAACUCAAAUGUGCAUAUACACAUGAUUGCUCAGCUGUAUAAACCGCUGUUCAGGGGGUCAAAUUAACGGAAUGCUUGUCAAGGAUAUAAGUAUAACGUUUUG